AGAUACUCACCAACACUUGAGCUCUCGCUUGUGCUUUUUUGGGAGUUUUUCCUAAUUGUUUUUGCACAAAAGGUGCCCGAGAGAUGGCAGACUGGAAGGCGCAGAUCAGUUACAACUACAACCCGUCCUACCAUGCCUACGCGUACGGCCUGGUGUACCAACCCGGACCGGAGCAGAACCACGGGAACCUGACCGGCUGGGGCGACGCUGGAGUCGCGGACCUGAGCCACUACAACACCGCCGGGGUGACGCAGGCCUACUACACCAACAGGAGCCAGGAGGUGGAGGUGGAGGAGUCUCCACCUCGCAGCCCGGAGCAGCUCGCCGCAGUGAACCACCACGGUUCCUACCAGAGCUCCGGUGUGGUCUACCUCGGUGACUCCCAGCAGGCCGGCCAGCUGCUGCUGGCCGCACCGCAACGGGAACAUGAAGCCAGGCGGGCCGGGAGCGACUCCACCAGCGACUCGGAGGCGCACACCUCACCAGAUUCAUGGAGCUCUGGCAGCAGCAGAGAAGUAAGCCUCCCCCAGACGGACCCUGCUACCUGGGCGAAGAGAGAGCUCGAAGACGAGACGACUGCCAGGAGCCCUAAUGUCUGCGAGGUUGUUUCCAGCUCUCGCAUGGAGGAGCAGCCGGGGAUCUUUGCUGUCAAUGGGAGCGAGGGCGUCGACAAAACCACUUCUCUACAGGUACCCUUACCUGCCCCCGCAAAGACGGCAAGCACUACUGCUGUAAACAACCCUAAAGUCAAGGUCCGGGCAGCCUUCUCGGAGAGUCAGAUGAACGCUCUUGUCCAGCGCUUCAGUGUUCAGAGGUACCUCACACCGGCUGAGAUGAAGAACCUGGCAGAGCUGACUGGGCUGACCUACAAACAGGUUAAGACUUGGUUUCAGAACCGGAGGAUGAAGCUAAGGAGGCACCAGAAAGACACCAGCUGGGUGUCUGAGCGGUACAACAAAGGCAGCCCGAUACCUGGACCCAUGUACGCCAACGUUCCCUCGCACAUCCCACCUUAUCAAGGUGAAGCCCGGCCCCAGAUCAAGGAGCAUUACAACCAGCACAUGAUGGACACCUUCAAGAAGAAUCCACAGAACAUGGCCUUCUAUCUGGCUGCUAUGGGCUCGGCUGCUAUGGGCUCUGCUGCUAUGGGCUCUGCUGCUGGAGCACCAGGCUACCCCUCCUGGUCCUCCGGCUCAGCCCAGACGGCAAUGACCUCCAGGCCCCAGGCGGCUGGCUGGUCCAUGCCUCAAGGCGUCGGCCACUACGAAUACAACCCCCAUGCAUUCAACCCCACCAGCGUCGCCUCUGCAAGCAACACUGGCCAGGACAUGAGCUUCAACGGCAAAGAUGAGCGAGAGGCCCUGUCAGCAGCCGCAGCUCCUUGAACACAUCCGUAGUACAUAAUGCCAGCCAGUAGCCAACGUUGCUUUUCUGUACCCCCAACAGUCUUGUUUGUUGAUAACCUUCUAUUCAAAUUUCCUGACUGUCGUUUGUAAUUAACUGAGGUAACCUUUGCAUGGCUGGGUGUACAUAUGCCUUGUUCAUACUCCUUUUUCAAAAGUUUUUUUACCAUGAAGUUUUAUUUUUAUACACAACUAUUUAAUGUACGUUGGGUGUGUGUUCUUUGCGCUUGGUGAAACAAGAUGGAUCCAAGUUGGAUGCAUUCUUUGGAUUACAUUGUUUUUUGAGAACUGUUUUAAGGCAAAGUAAUGAUGCAGAUCUGAUGUGCACACAUAUCAAUUUUUUUCUAUAAAUACAGGUUCCCUUUGGUAAA